GUUUGGCCGCUCUCCGGCGCCGUAGCGGCCGCUCGGGCGGGAACUGCGAACGGGCCGCGGCGGGGCUCAGGGUGUAAGGAGCCAACAGCAGCACUUACUUCGUGAGCUCUUGCUCCCAGGGGACACUAAAGUGAGCGAUUAUGGCAAAUGGGAAUGUGGCCUGAAUGAGCGAGGGGCAUGAGAAGGGUCCUGUCAGCACCAGAGGCCAGCUGCAGUCUGCAGCAGACAGCCAGGCUCCUGAGCUGCCCUGCAUUUCCGUGUUUAUCCUGUCAGGAUGCCUGAGAGCCAGGGGAAGGACAGCGAGAGCUCCAGCAGCAGCUCCAACUCCGGGGACUGCGUGGCUUCCUUCGGACAGUACCAGUACACGGCCGGCGAGUACCGCACCAUCCAGCACGCCCUGCGCCAGCGCCUGGGCCCCGACUACAUCAGCAGCCGGCACGCCGGGGGAGGCCAGAAGGUCUGUUACAUCGAGGGUCACAAGGUCAUCAGUCUGGCCAACGAAAUGUUUGGCUUCAACGGCUGGGCUCAUUCAGUCACUCAGCAGAAUGUUGACUUUGUUGACCUCAACGAUGGCAGGUUCUACGUGGGUGUCUGUGCUUUUGUGAAAGUUCAGCUCAAGGACGGGUCAUACCAUGAAGAUGUGGGAUAUGGAGUCAGUGAAGGCCUGAAGUCUAAAGCCUUGUCCUUAGAGAAGGCAAGAAAGGAGGCAGUAACAGAUGGGCUGAAGAGAGCACUCAAGUGCUUUGGCAACGCCCUUGGGAACUGCAUUCUGGACAAGGAGUACCUGCGAGCCGUCAGCAAGCUCCCGCGGCAGGUACCCCCUGAAUUAGACUUGCUCAAAGCUAAGAGACAGGACUAUGAGCCUGAAAUAGAGAAAGCAAGAUACAGCAGCUAUGUGGAAAGGCAGACCACAGCAGGGAGGCAGCACUGUGAGGUGACACCUGGCUGUAAGCCUGGCCAGACAGAGGCUGCUGUAGUGACAGCAGAUCAGAAACAGCCCAACGCUCCCAGAAGCACAGACUCCCUGGCCACGGAGUGUGAUGCCACUUACCAGAGGAAACUGCGGCAGAAGCGGCUGCAGCAGCAGUUCCGGGAGCAGAUGGAGAAAAAGCAGCAGGGCCCAGCAGUUACACCUGGCAGCAAACAGGCAACAUCUGAGCCUCCCGUGAAGCACAGCACUCCGGCACAAGUGCAACAGGAGCUGGCAGUAGAAGAGGAGUUCUUUGCAGAUGACCCCGAACUUUGGGACAUUUCCUUGGAGAGCACUGACCUGAAGGCAGUGGGUGCCCAGGUACCAGCGCCGUCGCCAGCUGCACACCAAGCCCCUGGGACACCCCGUGGGCAGCAGCAGAGGAGCACGGGCAGCAGGACACCCCGCAGGGGCAGCCAGCACAGAGCUGCUGCCAGGCUGGCACAGCUGCAGCCCCCUGCUGCAGCCCCCAGCAGCAGCGGUGCCCACCAACACACCCCAGGGUGCAGCCCCCUCGGGAGAAGUCAGAGCUUGAAGAAAAGGAAGCUGGAGCCUACGUGAGGCACCCGGUGGGAUACGUGCCUCUGUCAUGGGUUACAUCACAGGGCUGCAGCUGGCUUUCCAAAUGGUGUCACAUGGACUCUGCUGUGCAUCACGGGGAAGCCACAGAGAAGGGUUUCAUGCAAUCAAGCAAGAACUUCAUGUACUCUUAGGCUAUUAUGUAUUUCAGAUGCCUUUUUCUAUAACUGUGCCGUUAUUUGUGCUGCUGCAGCACGAGGCUCUGGCCAUGUUUCGAGUGGAUAUUACAUGUGAAUAGCCUGAACCAGGAACAGAAGGGACUGUUAGAAAGGAGAUGCAAUUCCCAGCCUCUCUGCCCCUCGGCACUGCGUUCCAGCACAGAGCGUUGCGGUGCAGGGCGAGCAGGGCUUGUGGGCAGGCACGGAGGGCUCGGGCCGGGGCUGCGCUCCCGCCGCCCACACCAGGGCUGGGGCUCGGAGGGGCAGCCCCGCCCCGGGGCAGAGCCCCUCGCUCCCGCGGCUCCGCCCGAGCCCGUGCCCGAGCCCGUGCCCAGCCAUCCCCGCUCCCCGUGCCUGUGCCCCGGGCAGGAGCGCCCGGCACCGCUGCCAGCCAGAGCCGCGCCUGCUCCAGCCUCUGGGCAUCAGCGGCAGCUGCACGGCUGCUUUUAAAGACGCUUGCGACCCCUUUCGAUACAGAAAUAAACAUGAAUUUGAGAAACCAAGCGCGCUGGGAGCUGUUCGUGCCCCUCUGCCCUGCCAGCCAUCGCACCUCGGUGCCUGCUGAAGGGCCCCAGGGAGGCAGCACCGCACCUGCACAGCCUCCCGGGCUUUGGGCCGGCAGCCAGAAACCUCGCGGGGCUCCAGGGCAAGGCCGGCAGCUGCUCGCCCUCCAGAGCAGGGGGCCGAAGGAACCAGUGUCGGCAGCACUGAGGAACGCGCCCUGAGCCUCGGUGAGGAGAGGGAGCAGCUCUGCCGGCUCAGGCCAGCGCCCCGAGGCAGCGCUGCUCCUGCCAGCAGCGGUGUCACCGUCCCCAGGUGUCCAGGGGAGAAUGGUGCCACAUGACUGGAAGUUAGAGCUGAGCCAGGAAAAUUUACACAAACUCUGGCAUUAGUCCAACCCUGAAAUCAGUUUCAGGCUUCAAACGGGACCUUGCUCCCAUGAUUUGCCUGACUGCUCUAUUCAGCAUUUAUUCCUCUUCCUCCUACUCUGCCUUCAUCACUUACUCAGUCCUCUUCCCUUAAAAGAUCCUUUACUGUCCACUUACCUCCUGAACAGGACAAAGAACAGGCACUGACAUCAGCCUGGAAAGACAGGACAAGCUGUAAUUAACAGUAAUAGAUGACAUGUAGACAGCAGUUCCACAUUCACCGUGCUUGUUUCUGCCAGUUCGGUGCUGCCUUCAGAGCAGCUGGGGAGGAAGCACAUUGCACACGUUUGAGUUAUGCCCUCCAUAGACCUGCUAGGGAGGGAGCGUGCAGACCUUCCCAGCUCCCAAUUCAAAGCUGCCCCAAACUCCUACAACGAAAAAAAUUCAAAAGUCUGAAACAAAAACAACGGCCUCAGCUUCCCUGGCUCUGGCAGCAGUGCAGAUACAGCUGUGCCUGCUCCGACACCGUCACUGCAAGGAGCCUCUCGGGAUUGGUCCCUUUGAAAAGGGCAGGGAAAAUUACACUGGAGCUUCUUCCCUCCCAGGCUAGCGCAGCACGACUCCUACCAGAAGCUGUUCUUAAAAUGGAAAGAAAUGCAGCAGCAAUUGGUGUUUAGAAAUACCAAACUCCUGCAAGUCUGCAGCCGAGAAUGAGGCUGUGAAGUUACACACCCUUGACCGUUCCCGUUUUUAGGGUGGCUGAGGAGUCCCUGGUGCCGGCCCCGCAGGGCGGGAGCCAUCCCCGCUCCUGCAGCGCAGGGCGGCGGGCAGGGAGCAGCAGAGGAGGCGGGAAGGGCCUCAGGACACCCCCGUGCCCCAGUGCCAGCGGCAGCACAGGGCCCGCCCCUGCCUCCAGCGCCGCCUCCCCGGGACAGGCACCGGCUCUGUGCCGCAGGAGCGCGCUCGGCAGCCCGGGGACAGCCGGGCCGUGCUGCUCCCUCGGGCACUGCCCUCAGGAAUUCCUCUGCACUACCUGCUCCGGAGCGUCCCGUCUGAGGCCCAAGGCUCCUGACUGUCGCUGCUUUCCAGCAGUUCCGCCUCUCAUGGCACUGGGGUUCUUGUGUUUCCUGUGACAAACUUCAAUUGGGUAACAGUCACAGCGCUGCAGGGCGAGGACAGGGGCUGGGACCUGCUGCUCCUCAGCAAAACCCACAGCUCAAACACACCAGGUCUGGCUUAUCUGAAUGGCUUCAUUCAAGAUUCUACAAAGGUCAUACGAGAAGGGUUCAGUGCAAAACACAACUAACUACGGCCAGGGAAGCCCAAAGUUUCAAUUAAUUUUAUUUUUUUUUAUUUUUCUUUUUUACAGUGUACAUUGUUAAAUAAUGUAAAGAAAACGCUUGUAAUUCAGAAACAGAUUUUAUGUGGAAAAAGAUACUCAAAGUGUAAUAUUAAACAAAAUAAUUUAACAGUUCAGUAGCAUUAGUUUAUUCCUCUAGACUUCAGUUAUUCAUCCACAGGAGGAGAGGGAGGGAGGAAAAAAAAAUCAAUGGUAAAUAAAACCAGUUCUUGCAUAACAUUAAGUGAAAAAACGACCUCAAACGUAUUAGAUCAAAUUUAAAUAACCACGUGCUGCAUCCAGCUGCCCCGUUCCUCCGCCACGACUGCUGCCCCUGUCUCAUUCCUGACUCCCGUUUCCCGGGGGGCUCGGGAGCCUCCCCUGCACCCUCCCUUCGGACCAGGCUCCUGCCCGGCCUCACCCGGGCCCGCCGCUCCCCCAGCCCGGGCCGCUCCCCCAGCCCGGGCCGCUCCCCCAGCCUGGGCUGCCCUGCUGCCACCAGCGCUCAAAGCGAGGGCCAGGAACGGAAAGGGCCCGCCCGUUUCUUUGUGGAAAUGAAGAGAACAUCUGCAGACACAGAACUCCCUGCCAGGCCCAGCCGGGAACAGCACUCGAGACUAAACAAACGCACACAGGUGACACCCCUGCCAUGCACCAGCCUCCAGGUGAGCUCCCCGAGCACAGGGAGCUGCACCCCCGUCCUUCACAGCCUUCUGCAGCACUGCAUAAAUACUGGCUGGUAUCACUUUGACUUCCAAGAGGAAACCAGUAUUCCUUAAAUACGAAAAGGGAGAAUGACCAAAGCAGAAGAUACAGUACAGGUACUAAGAGGUGACAAGUGACAGACAGUGACAGUCCUGGUACCAGCUUGAAAUUUGUUAAGAGUGAACAAAAUCGUAAAUCCUCCAAGUAAGACAGAGGAAACUCCUUGAUGCCGGCUGUUUCAAGUACAUCCAUUGCCGGCAAUGGACGUUGCACCAGGACAGUCUGUUCCUGGCUUAAAUGAAUUUUACCAAAAAAAAGGUAAGAAAAGCAAUCCCAGCAGACGAGCCCCUGCCAACGAGCAACGGCACCUGUCCCUCGAGUCACAUCCUGACCAAACAUUUCACCACUCCGCAGGUGGAGUCACUCUGCACCCUGAGCUGGGCUGUCCCCAUCCUGUCCCCGCUGCUCCCCAGCCUCCUGCCUCCAGCCAACACCGGUUCAGUCUCGCUGUGGCUUCACCUGCAUCCCCCGCCGCACCCACCUGGCCCUGUCACCCCACACCUUCAGCUCUGCCCCCUGGACAAGUCUCCCACACACGGCACUGCUCCGAGCCGCGGGGCCGGAGCGCCGGGAUGGGCACAACAUCCUGCCCUCCGCUCGCCUCUGCCCACCUGGGCUCUGCUGGGAAGACGACGCUAAACUGCAGAAGCAAGAGAAGUCCAAGGCACUAAAAUAUCCAGCAAGCAUACUGGGAGAACAGACAAGUAUUCAAGUACAUUAAUUUAUACAAUUUUACAUUCACAUUUAUUUAUCUAAUACAAUGAAAAUACAAAGGAAAAAGUUAAAGUGUCUCCAAUAAGUAUAAGGAUAUAGCUAGCUUUUUUUCCCAUUUUUUCUUUUUAACUUUUUUAACCCUCUAUAUUCCACUCAUUUUUAAACUACUGUUGUCCAACAACAUUUAUAUAUCACAGUGUUUCCACAUCAAAACUGAUGGUAAGUACAUGUCCGCAGGGAACUUUUAAAUUUUUUUUU